AUGGAAAUCCUCUCAGUUUGUUUGUCUCCAACUCCUCCUCCUCUGGACUCUCCUCUGCCUCCUCUGGGCUCCCCUCCUCCUCUAGACUCUCCUCCUCUGGACCCUCCUCCUCCUCUAGACUCUCCUCCUCUGGACCCUCCUCCUCCUCUAGACUCUCCUCCUCUGGACCCUCCUCCUCCUCUAGACUCUCCUCCUCUGGACCCUCCUCCUCCUCCUCUAGACUCUCCUCCUCUGGACCCUCCUCCUCCUCUUAGACUCUCCUCCUCUGGACCUUCCUCCUCCUCUAGACUCUCCUCCUCUGGACCCUCCUCCUCCUCUAGACUCUCCUCCUCUGGACCCUCCUCCUCCUCUAGACUCUCCUCCUCUGGACCUUCCUCCUCCUCUAGACUCUCCUCCUCUGGACCCUCCUCCUCCUCUAGACUCUCCUCCUCUGGACCCUCCUCCUCCUCUAGACUCUCCUCCUCUGGACCUUCCUCCUCCUCUAGACUCUCCUCCUCUGGACCUCCUCCUCCUCUAGACUCUCCUCCUCUGGACUCUCCUCCUCCUCUGGGCUCCCCUCCUCGGUCUUUGUCCCGGGCAGCCGUGGACCCAGGGCUUGGUGAGGUGGUGGUGGUGGGGGUGAGGGGGUGA